AUGACGAAGGAAUAUAAGCUCAAGGGUGUCUCUACCCUCGCGCUCAAGCCCGGAGAAAAGCAAGAGGUCGAAGUCGAAGGCAUCGACGAGGGAAAGGUCUUGCUCGUCAAUGCUGGAGGCUCGAUCCAGGCGUUGGGUUCCAAGUGCACCCAUUAUGGCGCGCCCUUAGUCAAGGGCAUCUUGACAGCGUCCGGUCGUCUCACAUGCCCAUGGCACGGAGCAUGCUUCAAUGCGAAAUCGGGUGAUAUCGAGGACGCCCCUGCCCUUGACUCCCUUCCAGUCUUUCAAGUAGCCGAGCGCGACGGCGCCGUGUACAUUACCGGCGCCGAAGCCGACAUCAAAUCCGGCCGUCGCAAACCCAACAUCCAGUGCCGCGCAGGCGCAGCCUCCAAGAAGCCGCAACAGUCCAAAGUUGGCUACCUCCCCAUCGACAGGCCGAAGCUGUCCAAGGCCUUGAUGACAGAUCCGGACAAGAUUGCGUGGCGGGACGAUGGGUGGUACGAGAGCGCGGCCGUCGACAUGCUCGACGACGAGGUCACCGGCCUUGUCCUCGCCACCGGUGGCACGCCGAGGAGGCUGCCCCUCGACGGCUUCAAGACUCUCGGAAACAUCUUCACCCUCCGGACCAUCAAGGACACGCGCGAGAUUGUGGAGGCGGUUGGAGGCAAGGGCAAGAAAAUUGCCGUUGUUGGGUCAUCCUUUAUUGGCAUGGAAGUGGCCAAGGCACUCUGCAGCGAUAAUUCCGUCACCGUAAUCGGCAUGGAAAAGGUUGCCCUCGAAAGGGUCAUGGGAGAGGUAGUUGGCGCCGGCCUACAAAAGGGUCUCGAAUCUCUCGGUGUCAAGUUUUACAUGUCGGCCUCGGUGGACAAGGCGGAGGCUUCCGCCUCGGAUUCGAGCAAGGUUGGCGCCGUUCUCCUCAAGGAUGGCACGAGAAUCGAAGCCGAUCUCGUCAUCCUCGGGGUGGGUGUGGCCCCCGCAACCACCUAUCUCAAGGAGAACAGCGCCGUCAGUCUCGAAAAGGAUGGUUCCCUUCAGGUCAGCGCCAAGUUCGCCGUCCAGGGUCUCGAGAGCGUGUACGCCAUCGGCGACAUCGCAACGUUCCCCUACCACGGGCCCGGCGGCGACGGCCGGCCUACCCGCAUCGAGCACUGGUGCGUGGCCCAGAACGCAGGGAGGGCCGUUGCCCGAGACAUCACGCACCCUCAAGAAGCCCCAUGGCCGUUUGUCCCCGUCUUCUGGUCUGCGCUGUCGGGCCAGCUGAGAUAUUGCGGAAAUACGGCUGGCGGCUGGGAUGACAUUGUAAUCCAGGGCGACCCGGCGGAGGGCAAGUUUGUGGCUUACUACUGUCGCGGUGAGACGGUUCUGGCCAUGGCUGCCAUGGGCAAGGAUCCAGUGCUUGCUCAGUGCAGCACGCUAAUGUUUGAGAACAAGAUGCCUUCCAAGAGUCAGCUCGCCGGCGGCCUGGAUGUUUUAACCCUCGACGUUAACUGA